CAUUUCUAUUUAAAUUUAUCAUAUAGAAUGGUAAAAGUUGUGUUUGGUUUACUGAUUAGCACAAGAUUGAGGACUUGUAUUAAGUAUUUCAGCAGGCCAUGUGUGGGGCUCUGAUGUCAUACCUGGCCUGAAUCCAGUUUUCCUUGUGCAACUUUGAGCAAAUUGCUUUGCUUAUCUAUAUUUCGGUGUUUACGGUAUAGUUAGCAUAUUUAUGACUACUAGGUCAUGUGGCCCCUUAAAUGUACAGCACGUGGUGACUGCUAACAGUGGUCUCUUCUAUUAAGAAUCCAACACAUCUUUACUACUCUGGAGGCAGAGGCAGGCAGAUCUCUGUGAGUUUGAGGCCAGCUUGGUCUACUUAGUGAGCUCCAGACCAGCCAGCAGUACAUAGUGAGAGAAAUCCCAAACAGGAAGUAAAGAGUUUAAAUUAUGUUGCAUUUAUGAAGUGGUCUGCAUAUCUUCCUGAUCCAUCAAUACUUCACAAAUGUGUGUUUAGUCAUUAAAUGUAGCUGGAACAUUUGGGAGAGGAAGGAACACUCCACAUAUUCAGUGUCCUUAAUUUAAAGUGUCUCAUUUAGGCCUUUUGAUUAUAGCACCUGUGGCCAGUGUGAGUUAAGUAUCUGUUCUUUAGAGCUUUGAGGGAGACUUUGGAACUCUCAACAGUUUAGUGCCACAAGCUUUGAAGUCUGCUGUGCUGAAAUAUGCAUGGAUGGAACUGUUCACCCAGAAUGUGGGAACUUCAGUUUCUUCUUGGACCAAGAUGACUGAUGGAAACCUUUCCACCUCUAUGAAUGGUGUAGCAUUGAUGGGCAUUCUAGAUGGUCAGCCAGGAGACUCCCUUCAGGAUCUGCAACACCUGAGUGUCAAGACACCCAGAUCUGUUUCAAUGCCUGACUGUGGACACACACUAAAACUUGGUGCUUUGGAAGAUCGCCACAGCCUUCAGUCAGUAGACUCAGGCAUUCCUACCUUGGAGAUUGGCAACCCAGAACCUGUCCCCUGCAGUGUGGUCCAUGUAAAGAGAAAGCAGUCUGAGUCAGAGGUCAUCCAUGAACGGGCCUUCCAAAGUGCAUGCCCCCUGCCGUCCUGUGCACCCUUAGCUCCCACCAGCAGCGAGCAGGAGCAAGUUGUGCGGAAGUCUUCCACAUUUCCCAGGACAGGCUAUGAUUCAGUGAAACUCUACAGCCCCACCUCCAAAGCCUUGAGCCGAAGUGACAAUGUCUCUGUCUGUAGUGUGUCUAGUCUCAGCACAGAACUGUCAACUACAUUGUCGGUCAGCAAUGAGGACAUCUUGGACCUUAUGGUCACAAGCAGUUCCAGCGCCAUUGUGACCCUAGAGAAUGAUGAUGACCAAAACUUUACUGAUGUCACUCUGAGUUCCAUCAAGGAAACCAGUGACUUACACCAGCAGGAUUGUGUUGCUGAGACUGAGGAGGGGAGGAAGUUGAAACUAUUCCAGCCAUUCAGCCACUUCUUUACAAGGAAUUUGCUUGCUAGAAAACAAAAUGCAAGACUUGAUAGACAGAGAGACUUGGGAUGGAAGCUAUUUGGAAAAGUCCCACUUCGAGAGACUGCUCAGAAAGAGUCAAAGAAAACACAAAAGGAAUAUGAAGACAAGGCUGGAAGACCAAGCAGGCCACCCUCUCCAAAGCAGAAUGUGAGGAAGAACCUGGAUUUUGAGCCGUUGUCCACCACGGCACUGAUCCUUGAGGACAGACCCGCAAAUCUCCCAGCAAAACCAGCUGAAGAAGCCCAAAAGCAUAGACAGCAAUAUGAAGAGAUGGUGGUGCAGGCCAAGAAACGAGAGCUUAAAGAAGCCCAGAGACGGAAGAAGCAGCUGGAGGAAAGGUGCAAAGUUGAAGAAAGCAUAGGAAAUGCUGUUCUCACCUGGAAUAAUGAGAUCUUGCCUAACUGGGAAACCAUGUGGUGCUCUAAGAAGGUUCGAGACUUGUGGUGGCAGGGAAUUCCUCCGAGUGUGAGAGGCAAAGUAUGGAGCUUGGCCAUUGGCAACGAGUUGAAUAUCACCCACGAGCUUUUUGACAUCUGUCUUGCUCGGGCCAAGGAGCGGUGGCGAUCUCUCAGCACUGGAGGCUCAGAAGUGGAGAACGAAGAUGCCGGAUUUUCAGCAGCAGACAGAGAAGCCAGUCUGGAGCUUAUUAAGCUGGACAUUUCUAGAACAUUUCCUAAUCUCUGCAUUUUCCAGCAAGGUGGUCCAUAUCAUGACAUGUUGCACAGUAUUUUGGGCGCUUAUACUUGCUACCGGCCGGAUGUGGGUUAUGUUCAGGGCAUGUCCUUUAUAGCGGCAGUGUUGAUCUUGAACCUAGAUACUGCAGAUGCCUUUAUUGCUUUUUCUAACCUUUUGAAUAAACCCUGUCAAAUGGCAUUUUUCCGAGUGGACCAUGGCCUUAUGUUGACUUACUUUGCUGCAUUUGAGGUAUUCUUUGAAGAAAACUUGCCGAAAUUGUUUGCACAUUUCAAGAAAAACAACUUAACUGCAGACAUCUACCUAAUUGAUUGGAUCUUCACCUUGUAUAGUAAGUCCCUGCCCUUGGACCUCGCUUGCCGCAUCUGGGAUGUGUUCUGUCGAGAUGGGGAGGAAUUUCUCUUCCGCACAGCUCUGGGCAUCCUGAAGCUCUUUGAGGAUAUCCUGACGAGGAUGGACUUCAUCCACAGUGCCCAGUUUCUGACAAGGCUGCCUGAGGACCUGCCAGCAGAUGAAGUGUUCGCAGCCAUCUCCACUGUCCAGAUGCAGAGCCGGAACAAGAAAUGGGCACAGGUGCUGUCUGCGCUGCAGAAAGACAGCCGGGAAAUGGAAAAAGGAAGCCCAUCCCUCAGACACUGAGGCUCAGGGGUGACUCCCACUUGGCACUGAAGCAGAGCUCCACAUGGCACCUGUGUGCUUUCAGACUGAAGCCUGGGAAGAACAGGGGCUCUUUCCAUGUUGGAUUUCUAAUGCUGAAGUUGGCCUUAAAACAAAACAGCUCUUAAAGAAUUACAUCCAGGCUUAGCCUUAAGCAGCUCAGUGGACCUGUGCACUGGCAUUGGUCAUGACUAGCCACUGCAUUUUCCACAUGGACUCAAGAAAGGGCAGGCUGUCUCCUUGCUCCUUUAUUCCAGCAACAGUUAAUUAAAUUGUGAUGCCAUUAUGCCAACUACUGGAAGGUACAUUACAAUCUUUCUUAGCCAAGAUGCAUGAGAAAUAUUAGGAGACCUCAGAGAUGUUAUUGGUUCAUAUGUUGGAUAAGAAAGGAAUUACUUAUUUAGUUACUGAAAUAAUUUUUCCAGAGAUGAAGGGUAUGUUUUAAAUUUCCCUACCAAGGAAAAGUGUAAGGAAGAUGGACCCUGUAGGGUAGUUACUGGUGAGUGUUCAUAGGCUCCUGAAAAUUCACCUGACUUUAAAAAAAAAAAUUGUUUCUUGAGACAUGGUUUCUCUGUUUAGCUUUGGAGCCUAACCUGGCACUCCCUCUGUGAACCAGAGAUUCACCUGUCUCUGCCUCCUGAGUGCUGGGAUUAAAGGUGUCCACCACCAACGCCUGGCUUCACCUGAUUUUUGUGUGACAUUUGACCCUGUUGCCUUGACACAUGAUAGCAGGAAGGCUGAGAGUUCACAUUAGGAUCCCACUCUCUAGAGUAGCACUCACUGCAUCUUAGGAGCCAUAGUGGUUGGAGCAGGGGAGCCACAUGCUGGAAAGGGAUACAGAUGGGCCCUGUAAAGAAAGGGGUAGGAAGAAACUACAAAAUUUACUCCUCUCUUACCUGCUUGUUUCUGAGCAGCUGGGCAUGGCAGCCUCUGAAAACACCGUUGUGUGGGAGAUGGUUUCCUUGCUUUAGCUGAAUGUCCUUUUUUUGCCUUUGUCACCUAAGUAGCUGGACCUCUUCUAAGUGCCAGUGGUUGUCUCCUGUCCCCAUCUGGCUUUAUAAAAUAAGCUUCACACACUGCAGUGAGGACCACCAGAUUCUCAGUGUCAUCAGCCCUUCUCGAUUUUUCUCAGCUCAUUGGUGAGGUUCUUAUUGUUGUACCUUUUCCUUGGCUUGAGAACUUUGUAUAAGUAAUUUGAUUGUCCAAAUUAACAGAAAUGAGUAGUUUUUGCAUAGGAUAAUACAAAAGACAUCCAGUAGCUGUGGAAAUUGAUUACCUCCUGAUAAUCCACUGGCAUCCUUGUUCCUGGAGGUACAGGCAGGCCAGGGUUGAGAACAGUUUCCAGCAAAUGCCUGUGUGAUCUUCACAGCCCUUUGCAACCAGACCUGCUACCCCCAGAAAUUAUCCUCCCCAUUGUUAUAGUUUCUGAUAGCCAUUGGGGAGCCCUUGACUGAUUUGUGGCACGAAGACUUGGGCCAGCCUCAUGACAGUGCGUUUGCAUGGGUUUCUUUUAUCUUCUAUGCUUGUUGGUGAUAGUCCAGUGCAUCAGCAGGCUGUCAUGUCCAUGCCAUUCACCAUGCUACCACUUUUUUUUCCUGGAGUCUCAUUUGUAGUCCCAUGGCUUCUCCAGGGAGGCUGCAGAGCACCCUCCAUAUAGCUGUCUGCCUUAGUGUGAAAGGUUGAUGCCUGACCUCUUGGAGGAGGAUGUCUUCACCAGCCAUCCAGUGGCCUCUAGAUCCAGCCAUUCUUGACAUCAGUUACUGAAUGUAGCCCAGGCCCAGCUGGCCUAUGAGAAGCGGACUACCCAACCCUGUCUGCUGUCAUUCCUUGCAGAUGUACUUAAUUUUAUUCCAUGACAUGGGCAUCUGUUCUCUCAAGAUGUAUAUAUUUUCUUACUGUACAUAAAGACAUUCCUUAAGUCAUACAGAAAGUGUUGUGACAAGGGGACUUGGGCACCUUGUUGUGAAUGCCAUUGUGGAAUCCUCUGUGUUCACAGCCCAGCUCUUAACUUUCUUGUUUGACAUAAAUCUGUGGGCAUGCAUGAAGUUCUCAAACAAGACUCCAUGCCAGCCAAGCACUGACUGAUCUCCAAACAGGGUUUUCAUAGCCUGUUUGUGUGAGCCUGAUGUUCCCUCUUUAGAAGCUGUAUAGUUCCAAGUUCCUCUACUCUGAGGGCAUCUCAUAAUCCUCCCUGUUUGGGCAAACUGGAACAGAGUCUGCACCUUCCACCUCACUUGCCAUGACUUUCAGUCCCAAACUUGAGGGUGCUGGGCAGCUCUCACUCCAGAGGGAGCUUGCAGGAGAGGCUUCCUGUCACCUUGGGAGCAGUGCUCACUUCAAAGGUACUUCUAACUGUUCAGUUUGUGACUAUUUUUAAACAGUUUGCCAAUAGGAAACUCCUGAUAACACUUGCUACAUAUCAUGUUUUAAUUGCUUGUACAGUUAACCUUUAUUUAGUAAAGUGUAUCAAACUAGGGCUUUUUGAAUUGUAAAUAUGUGGUUUUAUUAAAAUAAAGUCAUGUAAAAUUGUUA